AUGUGCUCCACCUUCAUCCCCGACUCCCUCGCUGUCACCGCGCCGCCACAGACCCUCUCCCAGGUGGAGGGUGACACGCUCCAGCUCACCUGUGAGGUUUCCCGGGCGACAGAGCAGCACACACACCUGUCUGUGGGUUGGUACCUGCGUUCCUCUGAGGACGCUACCAUGUCGCCCCAGGAGAUCCUCACUCUGUCCCGAGACUUUGUCCUCCGGGCCGGUGCACCUUACAAACAGAGGAUGACUGCAGGAGACCUGAGACUGGAUAAGACCAGCGCUACGUCCUACAGGCUGACCAUCCACCGGCUGCAGCCUGCUGACCAGGGCUUGCUCUACUGCCAGGCUGCAGAGUGGAUCCAGGACCCCGACCGCAGCUGGUUCACCAUGACCCGCAAGCAGGCUGAUAAGACCCAGCUACGGAUACAGCCCAUUGAUCGGGACUUCUCUAUCCAGGUGAGCACGGAGCGGCGCUCCUUCACGGCGGGCGAGCCGCUGGAGCUGCGCUGCACCAUCGAUGCCCAGAGCGUGCCCGAGCGCUUCUUCUCGGUGUCGUGGGUGUUCAGCAGCUCGCCGGUGGCUGUGAUAGGGCCCAGCGCUGUGCCCGUCCUGGGACUCGACUACGUGGCGCGCGAGGCCGCUGGUCACAUGACUGUGCGCAAGGAGAGCCCCACUGUGCACUUGCUUAAGCUGCAGCACCUCCGASCAGAGGAUGCUGGGAAAUACAUCUGUAGGGUCACGGAGAGGGAGAAGACACCCACCGGGGACUUUAUAGAUCGGAGCAAGAGGUCACGCAACGUCCAGAUCACCGUCCAGCCCAUCAAGAGUAACGUCACAGUGUCUUUGUCCAGUAACUCAUCGGAGGUCCAGGAGGGGGACGUGGUCCAGCUGACCUGCUCCAUCCACUCCACCACGGGUCCUCUCUCGGUGGCCUGGCAGUGGAGUGAGAAGCAGGGCUCCACCCCUCCCCAGAACCUGGCCUCCGUAGACCGCGACGGGACCGUCCGACCAGGCCCUGGGUACCGUGAGCGCUCCAGCUACGGGGAGAUCCGUGUGGAGAGGGUACAGGAGGACAUUUAUACCCUGUCCCUCUACAACGCCCUGCCUGGGGACGAAGGGCUGUUCCGGUGCACGGCCACAGAGUGGGUGGAGGCCGGGACAGAGUCCGAGCAGAGUUGGGAGAARAUAGGGGAGAAGUCAGCUACUAAGGCCAUCACUGUUAAGACCGUGGAAUCCUCCUUUGUGGUGUCGGCGUCGUCGCGGACGCCCAGCGUGACCUUUGGCGACUCGUUUGACCUCCAGUGCCUGGUGAAGCCCCGCCAUAACCCUCGUGUGCCUGCCUCUGUCACCUGGCGCUUCAUGCCCGCCAGCUCGGGCUCUUCUGGGGAGGUUGGGACAGCAGGCGAGUUCCGAGACCUGGUGACGUUUACCCGCGAGGGCACGCUGCAGUGGGGCGAGCAGCUGCUGGGCCUGGGCACCCGCACCACCGUGGACCGUUCCCAUUCCAACACCAACUUCAGGUUGUCUGUGACGCGCGCUGGGCGCAAGGAGGCGGGGACGUAUCAGUGCUCUGCCCUCCUGUGGAGGAGGAACUACGACAACACCUGGAGCAAAGUGGCCAACAGGACGUCCAACCUGCUGGGGAUCAGCGUGUUACAGCCAGUGUCUAAGCUGCGUGUGCAGAAGACCAACCAGUCCCUGGUCUACCUGGAGGACAGCCGUGUGCGCGUCAACUGCUCCGUGGCCUCCCAGACCAGCACCGACUCACAGCAUGCCGUGCUUUGGUACGUGCGCCGCGCGACGGGCGCCGAGGCCGACGAGCUCCUGCUGAGGAUUGAGCGCUCAGGCGCAUUUGAGUAUGGUGCGUACGCAGACGAGGAGAGGUUGAGGCGGCGGGUGCAGGCAGAGAGGAUGUCGCCACAGCUGUAUGCGCUGACACUGAACAGGGCAGAGAGCAGCGACUCUGGAACAUACUACUGCCUGGUGGAGGAGUGGCUCACAGAUCCAGACGGAGCCUGGUACAGACUGGCACGGGACUCCUCAGGCUUCACACAGGUCCUCGUCAGACAGCCAGGUAGAUAG